GAUAUUCUUCCUCCGUUUGAUGGAUGUCUAUAUCAUCAGUUUCCAGCUACGUAAUACACUAUACCUCGAUCGCGUGACACCGUCCGCUCUUGCGUGUCGACGCGUCUCCCUUUAUUCCCGUCCCCCUCUGCGCUGAUUGAUCGAGCUAAUUAGCGCAGGCAUCUCUGCACAUUUUUUAGGCGUAAAGGCCGAUCGAGCUCCUGAUUCCUGUCUCGCAUCCCUUAACCCCCCUACUCCAGCCCCCGCCUGAGAUGCUCUCGACGGCCAGCAGAGCCGCCGGCGGGCUGGCUCGCUCCCUCCUCGCCGCCGUCUGCGGGGCAGCCGGGACGGUGGUCGGCGCCGCGGUGGGCCUCCUGUGCGGCUUCGUCAACGAGGAGGGGCUGCUGCAGGGGACGUUCGUGGGAGCCAUCAUCGGGGCCAUCGUCUCCGUGGAGGUCGCCGACUCUCUCGUCCGGAUUUGGUGCUGCGACGACUGCUCCAUGGACGCAAGGAUCAAACGCACGCGGCUGGUGCUCCGGAACAUCGGGCUGGGCCGCGUGCUGCGCGGGUCGGCGUUCCCCUCCAUGAGCAGCGCGCUGGACGGGCAGAUGGACGCGCUGCAGCUCCAUCACCACCACUACGGCGGCGCCGGCCGUAGUGGAGACAUCUUCGAGCUCGAGCCGAGCUCCUCCUCGGUCAUGGCCGCAAGGAGGGCCGCCGUCGAGGGCCUCCCUUCCACGACGCUCACCAAGGAAACCGCCGCGCAGCACGCCACCUGCCCCAUCUGCCUCCAUGAGUUCCAGGCCGGCGAGAGCGCGAGGAAGCUGCCGGCGUGCGGCCACGUGUUCCAUCUGGCGUGCAUCGAUGGCUGGCUGCUCGGGAAGCCCCAGUGCCCGAUGUGCCGCCAAGGCGUCUACUAGCUUAUUAACGACACGCACGUCUUGGAUCGGUGUCGCCGGAGAAGAUAACGGCGGAAACGUGAGCAAACCAGAGAGGGUAGCUUAGCUCGCCCUCCGGUCGCGUUGCAGCUAGAGGCCCAUCCCACCCACGUCUGCCGGUCUGCAUCCAUCUCACCUAACGAAGCAGAGGCCGACCGGCGACCCAAGGAGUUCUCUAUCUGACAAAAGAAAUGUACAUGUUCUCAUUUUCAAAGAGGCGGAACCGCAGAAGCUAAGCUCUGCCGGUCCAUACGUGAUUACUUGUGAUGUCCCAGGCUAUCUGUCUGUUUUUCUAGAUAGAGAUGUCAGAUGUUUAAGAGUUAAUACAGGAGGUUCGAUCCUGCAACCA